UACUCCGGAUGGAAAAAUCGCUCGCCAUCAACACCUAAUCCUGUUUCCGUUGCCUGAGCUCCAGCAGGAGCAGGAAAGAGAAGAAGAGGAAAAUCGGAAAUGAUGAAUUCCAUUUCCGGGCUUUCGAUGUAUCGUUCUCUUUGCUUUUUCGCUUCUUUUAAUCCGAAUCCCCUCAAAUGUCCACUAAUUUCUCUCCGGCGGCACUUGUCGACCUACUCCCUUCGUCCGCCUAGGUCAGAGUUGUCGUUCACAGUAGGAACCCACCUUAUUCCUCAUCCAGCGAAGGCUCAUACUGGUGGUGAGGAUGCCUUCUUCGUGAGCAGAAGCAAUGGGGGUGUUCUGGCCAUUGCAGAUGGUGUUUCCGGUUGGGCAGAACGGGGAGUCAAUCCCGCGCUGUUUUCCCGGGAGUUGAUGGCUAAUGCUUCUAAUUUUGUCAUGGAUGAGGAGGUACUUCUAUUGUUCAGGGUUGGAAUUCCUGUGUCUGAAGGUUAUAGAAAGGGUACUUUGCUUUCUCUGUGUAUGAUGCACCACCAUUCAUGUUCUCCUUGGUUUAGUGUUUGAAGACAAACUUCUAUAGCAGAUUUGUCACAUCCUCGAUCAUUUUAGAGUAUUAACUAUGUCUCACUCUCAUUUUUAAAUGUCAUUAAACGGGUGCUUUGCUUCUUCAGAUAGCACCAUCCACACUAUCUUUGGUCUUCUAUUUGAAGUCUUUUUGUGCCUUUGCUGAUAACUGUUAUAGCAUGUUUAAAUCUUCCAUGAUCAGUUAAGGUAAUUAGCUAUGUUGUUCUUUCAUCUGUAAAUCAUUUUUCUGCAUCGGGAACUUGACCACAUUUUUUCUAUCCUCCAUUAUCA